AGACUAUCAAGACUGACUCGAACAGAUGGACCUAUCUACAAGCUGGUAUCUCACGCGUCAUGAACGAUCUCGAGCAGGGUAUCGACAUGCAAAUGUACAUGGGCGUCUACACCGCUGUCCAUAAUUUCUGUACAUCCCAAAAAGCAGUUGGCAUGACUGGUCCUGCUAUGCACAGUAACCACAGAGGCGCACAUCUGCUAGGGGAAGAACUCUACAACAAGCUCAUUGAUUACCUCCAGCACCAUCUCGAUAGCCUUGUGAAUGAAAGCAAGGCCCACACCGACGAGGCGCUGCUCGCUUUCUAUAUCAAAGAAUGGGGGCGUUACACAGUUGCCGCCAAAUAUAUCCACCAUCUCUUCCGCUAUCUCAAUAGACAUUGGGUCAAGCGAGAAAUUGAUGAAGGGAAGAAGAAUAUCUACGAUGUCUACACACUGCAUCUUGUGCAAUGGAGGAAGGAGCUAUUCGAAAAGGUCAGUGAUAAGGUUAUGGAUGCGGUGCUUAAGCUUGUGGAGAAGCAAAGGAACGGCGAGACCAUCGAACACGGCCAAAUCAAGCAAGUCGUGGAUUCCUUUGUCUCUCUGGGACUGGAUGAAGCAGACCCCUCCAAGUCAACCCUUGAUGUCUACCGCUAUCAUUUCGAGCGUCCUUUCCUCACUGCUACCAAAGAGUUUUACGUGGCAGAGUCUAAGCAAUUUGUUGCCGAGAACAGCGUCGUGGAAUACAUGAAGAAGGCGGAGGCUCGCCUGUCUGAGGAGGAGGAGCGCGUUCGCAUGUACCUGCAUCAAGACAUCGCCAUUCCUCUUAAGAAGACUUGCAAUCAAGCUCUUAUCGCCGAUCACUCCAGUCUACUUCGGGAAGAGUUCCAGGUGCUUCUGGAUAACGACCGUGAAGAGGAUAUGGCACGAAUGUACAACCUUCUUUCGAGAAUCCCCGACGGCCUCGAACCGCUUAGAGCCCGUUUUGAGACACACGUGAGAAAGGCCGGUCUCGCUGCUGUGCAGAAGGUCCAAUCGUCAGAGGGCGAUAAGCUUGAACCAAAGGUUUACGUCGACGCUCUGCUCGAAAUUCACACCCAGUACCAAGGCCUUGUGAAGAGAGCUUUCAAUGAUGAGCCAGAGUUUACACGUUCUCUUGAUAACGCCUGCAGGGAGUUUGUCAAUCGGAACGAAGUUUGCAAGGCUGGAUCCAACAAAUCGCCUGAACUUCUAGCUAAAUACACUGAUGUCCUGCUCAGAAAGAGCAGCACCAGUAUUGAAGAGGCAGAAUUGGAACGUACUUUGAGUCAGAUCAUGACAGUUUUUAAGUACAUUGAGGACAAGGAUGUCUUCCAGAAGUUCUAUUCGCGGAUGCUGGCCCGGCGUUUGGUGCAUAGCAACUCCUCUUCAGAUGACGCUGAGACUAGCAUGAUCAGCAAACUAAAAGAGGCGUGCGGUUUCGAAUACACGAACAAACUUCAGCGUAUGUUCCAGGAUAUGCAAAUUUCUAAGGACUUGAAUAAAGAUUUCCGCGAGCAUCUUGAAGGCGUCGAAUACACCAAGGCCGUUGAUUCAACUUUCUCGAUUCUGGGAACUGGAUUCUGGCCAUUGACGGCACCGAGCACUGACUUCAACCCGCCUCCCGAGAUUGCGGCCGAGAUCGAGCGCUUUAUCCGCUUCUACAAGCAUAAGCAUGACGGGCGUAAGCUCACGUGGUUGUGGCAUCUUUGCAAGGGCGAGAUCAAAGCUGGCUAUUGCAAGGCCAGCAAGACUCCGUACACCUUCCAGGUCUCGAUUUACCAGAUGGCCAUUCUCCUCCUUUUCAACGAGAAGGACACUUACAGCUACGAGGAUAUGCUCAGUGCCACUCAACUGAGCAAGGAAGUUUUGGACCAGGCCCUCGCUGUUAUUCUGAAGGCCAAGGUACUCAUCAUGUCUGGCGCGGCCGGUGAGAAGCCAGGAGCCGGUAAAUCCUUCAAAUUAAACUACGACUUCAAGAGCAAAAAGAUCAGGGUGAACUUGAACCUCGGUGGUGUGAAGGAGGCCAAGCAGGAGGAGGCCGAGACAAACAAGACAAUUGAGGAAGACCGAAAACUGGUCCUCCAAUCUGCCAUCGUCCGAAUCAUGAAGGCUCGUAAGAAGAUGAAACACACCCAGCUCGUAAGCGAGACCAUCAACCAAAUCCGCUCGCGAUUUGUUCCAAAGGUCGGCGAUAUCAAGAAAUGCAUUGAAAUCCUACUAGACAAGGAGUAUCUGGAGCGUUUGGAAGACGACGAGCUAGGUUACCUAGCUUAAGCCUUUAGCUAAGUGGUAUUGGCUCGAGGUCAAGUCGGAGAGCUUCAUCCCAGCCUCCGCAUAUCGCGAUUAUCAAGCCCGAUUUAUUAUGUAUUUCCCGGGGGCAUAGAUAUCCGGGACUUUCGGCGGUUAUGAGCGUCUCUACUUUCUUAAUUCCUUCGGCGUGGUAAGAGAGUCUGACGGGCAGACAUG